UCCUAUUUUCAAGUGUUUUUUAAGGGAACUAGACCACUGAUUGAGACACAGACAGAGGUUUAGUGUUGAUUUCUUCUUGUUUGUGUUGAUUCUUCUCCUCUUAAACAGACAGAGAAACUCCUGCUGAAGCGACUGAGCUCCACUAUUAUAAAGAUGGCCUUUAUUAAAGAGGAGAGUGAAGACCUGAAGAUUGAAGACACAUUCACAGUCAAACAUGCUGAGCAGCAAACAGAGCUGACCUCGCUGAAUGAUGAGUGUGAAGAUCUGAAUGAAAUUAAAGAGGAGGAUCAGGAUGGUCAAAACUCUGGUGUAGAAAAACCACCUGAAAAGGCUCGUUUUACCUGCUCCCAGUGCGGAAAGACCUUCCUUCACCAUGGUAAGCUCAAAGACCACCUCAGAAUUCACACUGGAGAGAAGCCGUUCACGUGUCCUCAGUGUGGAAAGAGCUUCAAUAAGAAUGGAAACCUGAAGGUCCACCUGAGGAUCCACAGCGGAGAGAAACCCUACCCCUGCCCUCAGUGUGGCAAGAGCUUCUACCUGCGCAUAAAGCUCAAAGUGCACAUGAGGGUCCACACCGGAGAGAGUCCCUUUACCUGCCCGCAGUGUGGGAAGAGCUUCAAGCAGAGGGGGAACUUUGUGAACCACAUCAGGAUCCACACCGGAGAGAAGCCCUACAUCUGCCAGCAGUGCGGGAAGAGCUUCCACCAGGACGGCGGCCUGAAGGUGCACAUGAGGGUUCACACCGGAGAGAAACCCUUCACCUGCCAACAGUGCGGGAAGAGCUUCAACCUGCAGGGGAACCUUAAAGUGCACAUGAGGGUCCACACGGGAGAGAGCCCCUUCACCUGCACACAGUGUGGACUGAGCUUCAGGCAGAAAAUCAGCCUGAAAAGACACUGGAGGAUUCACAGCGCAGGGAAAACCUUCAGUGUGGAACAACGACCCAUAGUGUGGAAAGAACAAGACAGAAACCAUCAAAUCUGAAUGUACUCUUCUUAUUUUCAUAUGUAUAUAGCAGUGCUAGUUAUAAACGGUGUAUCCGUGCACUUCAAUUGUUUGUAAGAAUGAAUUUGCCCUCAUAAAUUGUAAUCAAAGACCAAAACCUCCAUUUCUCCUUGAAACAAGUUCUUCAACUGGUCACAUGGAAUACCUUUA